GUACUGAUCUUCUCCGAUGUCUUCGUACGUUGCGCUCGUGAUUGGCUCGACUGGCGCCGUCGGCCGCGACCUUGUUUCUGAGCUCGUGGCUUCUGCCAAGUGCUCGAAGGUCAUCGCUCUAGCGCGUCGCGACGUCCCCGAGUCAGCCUGGAGCUCGACGUUCCCGUCGUUGGACGCGGAAGCGGCCAAGAGCAAGCUGGAAGUUCGGCAGGUGGACUUCAACAGUCUCUCGGAGGCUGAUAUCAAGCCUUCAGACAAGGUGAACGCUGCCUUUUCAUGUCUGGGCACGACCCCGCAAAGACGCUGGCUCUGCUGAGGCCUUCCGCAAAGUGGAUCUGGAGUACGUGAACCAAGUUCGCCGAGCUGUCCAAAGCCGCAGACGUCCCGUAUUGGGUCUUUGACGUCUCAGGCGCCACAAGACAGCUGUUCUGUAUCCCAGACAAGG